AUGGGACGGCGAACGGUUGGUUAUUUAAUGGCUUAUCUUCUUUAUCAUUGCACCACGUCUGCCUUUUGGGAUUUCGGUACAACCACACCUGAUCCAGUGCGUGGUGAUUUAACUCCAAGGCAAAGCUUCUUUAGGUGGCAGAAGGUGGACCGGCCCUGGCACUGUUGGGGACUGCCUUGGAGUAUUAUAUUACAAAGGAAAAGAAAUACGCGAUUGUAUACAAUUGCUGGCGUUUCUAUAGAUUUCAUUCCAUUGGGCACUGCAGUUAUUCUUAACCGAAGAACUCUCAUCACAGCAGCUAAUUACUUAGAUCCCUAUUUAACUCGGCAAAGGGACGUUCGGGUUUGGUGCCUCGGUCGAGGAGGAGAUCACAUAUUACCCUAUCGCUAUAGAGUAUGGAGGGUACGAAGAAUUUUCCCAAGAUCAAUAAACCCAGAACAUUGUCAUGGUAUAAAAUGCGAACAUGUUCCAAGACAUGAUAUAGCCAUUGUGCAUACCAUGGAUCCUAUAUAUCUCUACAACCAAAUAUAUGAAAGAUAUAUGUACGCAUUCAGAGCUUAUAUUUGCCGUAAAUAUCAAAAAUUAAAAUCAUACGUUUGGUUCACUGGUUCUGGCUACGAGUACGACUUACACAUAAAAGAGAACUACAAAAUAUUCAUCCACAUGACCCCACUUUUCGACAAGCUAAAAGAUUGCUCGAUCUAUCUCCCUAAAUGGUGGGGGAAAUUUAUCUGUGUUGCAAACGAUGUUGAUUUUAGUGGCAUAUCCAAUGGAGGUGGAUUCUUCUCAACUGAUUAUCACUAUUCCUCUACUUCUGGCUUUGAAUGGGAUAACCUUCUGUUUGGAAUUGCUUGUUUUGAGAUUCGCUACAAUGAUGACAGAAUUUGGGUUUUUACCGAUUUAAGAUACUAUAUUGAUUAUGUUAAGAUUUACGCUAAUAUAACUCGUGCAGCAUAUUAUGAAUAUGCAUAUCCAGAAUGGAGCGCAUAUGAUCAAGGCUGGCAGUCAAUUUAUUCAGGACACUUUGGCGUCAGGUACAUCCCCAAUUGGGAUUUACGCACAGAUCAUUGGCCUCUUGGAAAAUAA